CGGGAUUUUGGGGGCUGGGGUAACCCGCGCCCGAGUCUCGCAGAGGUCUAUGUUGACCGGCUGGGUUGGGAGCGGGUGUCCUAACCUUGCCGCAGCUGUAGGGCUGCUCCGGGCGGGCAGCGGGACAUUCCGAGGAGCCGCACGCCGGCCGCGCCAUGGUUCACCUCACUACCCUGUUCUGCAAGGCCUACCAUGGGGGCCACUUAACCAUCCGGCUUGCCCUGGGUGGCUGCACUAACCGGCCCUUCUACCGCAUUGUGGCUGCUCACAACAAGUGUCCCAGAGAUGGCCGUUUUGUAGAGCAAUUGGGUUCCUAUGAUCCACUGCCUAACGUCCAUGGAGAAAAACUCGUUGCCCUCAACCUGGACAGGAUCCGGCAUUGGAUUGGCUGCGGAGCCCACCUCUCUAAGCCUGUGGAAAAGCUUCUGGGUCUUUCUGGCUUUUUCCCUUUGCAUCCUAUGACUAUCACAAAUGCUGAGAGACUGAGAAGAAAACGGGCACGUGAAGUACUCUUAGCUUCGCAGAAAACAGAUACAGAGGCUUCAGCAACAGAAGCUUCUCAGAAAACAGACACAGAGGCUUCAGCAAGAGAAGCAAGCUGACUUCAAUGAGAAUGGGACUUCAGUGGGAAUGGGAUCAAGGUUCUCCUAAAACACUUGUGCAGAGAUCUUAAAAUUGUCCUGUUUUGAGAUUAAUAAAUGGAGUUCUUUGAGUCAUCCA